UCUUCAGUAGCUCCGGUCGCUGCAACACCAUCCACGUAAGAUGUUUUUUUCUCUAGUCUCUGGAGACAACAGUUUGAGCAAGUUUCUGGCAUGAGCCUGUGCCCGCAGGUACGUUGUGAAGCCCCGGCGAUACCUGCGCAAAGGUUUAUUCCCUCUCUCGAAAUGCAAAUCUGAAAAUUGACUCUUCAAUAAGCGGGACGGCGAAGAAGCUGUUGGAUCUAGAAGUGAAACCCACUUGUUGUUUGCUGGCAACUUGGCGAUAAUCGCUGGCGUCUUCGCUAAAGUAGGAGCUGUUCUCACGGGGAAUGCUUUUCUUUGGCAGUACUCCACCAACAUUCGCCAGGGUUUUCCAUCGGCCUUUCUAAUGGGCCGCAGUGGAAAAUGAUACGGGUUUGUAAUUUCUCAAGAAACACCCUGUUUAAAAUAAUCCUUAAUGAUUUCACUCGGAGCAGCAGCGGCUGCUUUAGGGUGUGAGCGACCGGCAGGUCCCACUGCUUCAGCGUGGGCAAUGGCAGGCGAUAAAGGCACGCGAUGGGCUCUGCUUAGAGAGUUUGUCUCUUAAUAAUGUCUAAAAGAGCCUUCACUCUAUUUUUUUAAAAAUAGUUUCCCCACUACUUGCUCUCCUGCUUUAUUAGUAGCAGCACUGAGGACUAUUUUUCAGGUUGCUGUCAUUGAUGAAGCAUGCCUUUGGUUUAUUGCUGGGUUCUUUAAAAAGGACUCUUUAAUAACGGGCUCUUCCCAGGAUUCUGUACCUGUCUCCAUCAAAGCUUGUCUCUGGCCUCUCACCCUUUGUAACGGCCUUUGCCUGGUUUCUGUACUGCUGACACAAGAAAAUCUCACCAUAAAAAAAAAAAUCUAAUGCGAGUCCACCCUCCACCUUCCAAUCGCUUUCUAAAAUAAGGGGAUCUCCACCGCCGCAUCAAACGCCCACCGGUACCUUCACGUCUCCUGGGUCACCCCCCAGGACCCGGCACCCAUUUGUGCGGGCAGGGCCGGCUGGAAGCCAACCUCCUUACCGACGCCGCCUUCGGCCAGCUGGGAGCCGGCAGAGACGCAGGAGCAUCGCGCUCUCCCGCUACUGCUCCUCUGAGCUGUGCAUCGCUCCUUCCAGCAAACCCCAUCCCGCUUCGUCGCAUCUCCUGCUACCUCCUUUAAUGCUCUCCAGAGCCCUUAACAUCUGUAAUCCAGUUUUGGUUUUCCCCCUCUGCCAUCACCAUUUCCCAAACAUCCCCUAUUCCUCUGCCGCCUCAGCUCCGGUUUACAGGAAACUAAUUCCAGCCAGAUCUGCUCCCGAGGAGCCGGGGGAUGGCACUUAUCUCCUAAAGACCCGGGAGAUUCGAAACGGGGAGGAGAACAGUGACAGCAGAAAUAAGGAACCCCAAAGGAGGAGGAGGAGGAGGAGGCGGCGAUGGCAGCUCCGUGACUUUUCUUACCAAGCUAGUAAAAGGCUUGGGGACCCCGAGCAAAGCGCAUUUUCUCUGGCAGGGUUGGAAAUUCGGGGGCUCGGUGGUUUUUCAGUUGAACCCACAACCUGUUGUUAGGAGGAGGGUGAGCUGCCAGCACCGGGGAGGCGAGAGGCAGCAGAGGGGCUGCGGCAUCUGCGAGCAUCAGCACGCUUUCCUAAAGCCGCCUUUUCCCCCCAAAACCAGCAUCUUCCUUGUGGGCUCGUUGCCGGGAAUCCUUCAGGUAGGAAAUUGCCCACCCGCGUGGUUUAUGGAGGCCGGCUGGCGAGUCGUCCCGCGGCGAGGAAGGAGGAAGGGUGUGCCGGAUGUUGGGCUGCCAUUCAAAAGCGAAACCCUGCCUGCGCGCGGGACGGGGAUUUCGGGCAGCGCCUCAGCCCUUCUGGCAGCCACCCGCCAUCCUGCCGCCCGGUGCGGAAGAACCGCGCUGUACAGGACAAACUUGGCGCUCAGCUCCAAAACCUCUUGCCGUGGUGCAGCCGGGACUUCUAACCGCUGGUGUUUUCAGGUGACAUCCCGGCACGGCAGGGGAAGAGCAUCCAUUAGCCGUCCUCUUACAAGCACUCCAAGGUCUCGCACCUAAAGACUUUUGGGAGUUUAAGACAAAGUUAUCGGAGGUUCGUGCAGAAGGACGACGGAAUAUCCCCAGGGAUUCACUGGCAAAGGCCGCCAAACCUUGCGCGCUCAUCAGCUGCAUGGGCAAGAACUACAGCGAAGACGCCGCGAUGGACGCAGCGAUUGGGUUGUUCGAAGAGAUGAACCAGAGAGACCUCGCUGAGAAACUCCCGGAUGAGAAGGUGAAAGAGUACAAGCAGAAAUACAGAGAGCACGUGGCCCGGGAGUUCCUCCGGUACAAAGAUGUGAACUCCUGUCUCGGGGAGAACCUGUCCGUCAGCAGCCGCUACACCGACCUGACCGUCGCCAGGAAACCUUGGAGCAAGCGCGGAGGUGAGCAUGAAGCCGCGGGCGCUGGCCGUGGAUGUGCCGACGUCGGCAACGGACCAGCCACCGUCACCGUCACCGCGCAGACGCUGUUUAAACUCGAUGAAGAUGGGCAAACGCUGCAGGUCGUGGUGCUGGUGGGGGCCCCGGGGAUGGGGAAGACAAUGACGGUCAGGAAGGUGAUGGUGGAGUGGGUGGAAGGGACCCUCUACGCACAGUUUGACUACGUCUUCUGCAUAGACUGUAAAGACCUUGCCUUCACCAAGGAAGCGAGCGUGGCAGACCUCAUCUCAAAGUGCUGCCCUCACAGGCAAACGCCCAUUGGGAAGAUCCUGGAUGACCAGAAGAAGAUCUUGUUCAUUUUUGAUGGGUUUGAGGCCCUGGGACUUUCCUUGGUUCAGCCCACACGUGAGCUGAGCUCCGACCCCAGAGAAGUGAAGCCGCUGGAAACCACCCUGAUGAGCUUGUUGAAGAAGACUGUUCUCCCCAAGUCCUCCUUGCUCAUCACCACCAGGCCAACAGCCCUUCAAAGCCUGGGGCGGUGCCUGGAGGGCGCGUAUUACGCCAAAAUACUGGGAUUUUCGGCAGCCGUGAGGGAGCAGUAUUUCCACAGGUAUUUUGAGAACUACAGGGAAGCUGAUGCGGCCUUCAGGUUUGCCAGGGGCAACGAGAUCCUCUACAGCUUGUGCGUCAUCCCUGUCAUGAGCUGGACUGUCUGCACCAUCCUCGAACAAGAGCUUCACAAGAAGAAAAGCCUCGUCGAGUGCUCUAAAGCCACCACGCAGGUGAGCAUGUGUUACCUCUCCCGGUUAAUGAAGUGCAGAAGCAGGGACGACCCGCAGGACCUCCAGCGGUUCCUGCACAAGCUCUGCUCCUUGGCCGCUGAUGGCAUCUGGAAGCACAAGGUCCUCUUUGAGGAGAAGGACAUCAAGGACCGUGGCUUGGACCAGCCGGACCUUCUCCCCCUCUUCCUCAAUGAGAAGAUCUCAAAGAAAGGCGUAGACCAUGAGAACACCUACAGCUUCACUCACCUGCACCUCCAGGAGUUCUUUGCAGCGAUGUUUUACGUCCUGGAGGACAACGAGGAAAUGGUCGGUGACGCGGGGGCUCUCCUGAAGGACGUAAAUACGUUAUUAGAAAGCUCUAGCAAGUCCAGGAAGGAUUUGAACUUGACGGUGCGGUUCCUGUUUGGUCUGGUAAGCCAAAAAUCAAUAGAGUAUGCGGACAAAAUCAUCGGGUGCAGAAUUUCACCGCAAGCCAGGGAAGCUAUGCUGAGGUGGCUUCAGGGGAGGCACAGAGGCAUCUCCCAUCCCAGCCAAGCGCCGAAGGUUUCCGACUUGGACACUUUCCACUUUUUGUUUGAGAUGAACGAGGAAAGCUUCGUCCAAAGCGCGUUGGGUCGUUUCACCGACAUAGACUUGCAGGACGUCAAGUUGACCCUGUACGACCAAAUGGCUCUUUCCUUCUGCAUCAGGCAGUGGGCUGAGCUGGGCUGCGUCACCCUCCGGGGAUGCUCCUUCGACCAGGACGAUCCCGGGGAGGAGCCGGAUGCCUCGGUGCCUCGCUCCGGUGCCUCAGGACCUGGAGGACGUCCCCAUCCCCGUGUCCUCGCCGAGCGGCAGCGAGAGGAGCUGCACUCCCCCAUCCACCCGCUCUGCCGGGCACUGCGGCACCCGGGCAGCGACCUGCAGGCACUCCGGCUGCAGUGGUGCGGGCUGUCGGAGAGCUGCUGCGCGGAGCUGGCGGCGCUGCUGGCCGAACACCCCAGCCUGGCCCGGCUGGAGCUGGGCGACGGCACGCUGAGCGACGGCGGCGUGCGCCUGCUGUGCGAGGGGCUGCGGCAGCCCGGCUGCCGCCUGCGCGUCCUGCGGCUGUGGUACUCCCGCCUCACCAGCGCCUGCUGCGAGGACCUCGCCGCCGCGCUGGGCACCAGCCCGUGCCUGGAAGAGCUGGAUUUGUCCUUCAGCGAGGGGCUGCGUGACGCCGGCGUGCAGCUGCUGUGCGAGGGGCUCCGGCGCCGCACCUGCCGGCUGCAGACGCUGCGGUUGGGGAGCUGCCGGCUGACGGGCGCCUGCUGCCGAGCCCUGGCCGCUUGGCUGGUGGAGAGCCCCAGCCUCGCCUGCCUGGACCUGAGCGACAACGAGCUGGGAGCUGACGGCGUCCUGCACCUCUGCCAGCAGCUCCGGCAUCCCGCCUGCUCGCUGCGGGCCCUGGGACUGAGCACGCCUGGGUUAAACGAGGAGGCGCUGCGGGAGCUGGCUGCCGUGCGGGCGCUGAAGCCCGACCUGAAGAUCGGGUACUUCCUCGAGCAGGACGUGCCGCAGGCGGGGGCCAUGGCCCGGCUGCCCUUCCGCCGCGGGGUCCUGCCCGGCGUGGGGGACCCGGGGGGCGGGAAGGUGCUCCCCCCCUUUAGGAGAGGGCUCCCCCCCUUUAGGAGAGGUCCUUGCAGCAGCCGGAGCCAGUUCUAGCCCGGUGCUGCCAAAGUGGGGGAAGCCGCCCCGGGUUGGAGCCUGCCCCAGGCGUGGGGGGACAGGGGGUCCCAGGACACCCCCCCGUGCCCUUCUCCUUCCUCCGCCGUCCCCACCAUGCCCAGGGCUGUGUCUGUGGGUCCAGCUCCUGCCCCACAGCCCCGAGGGAUGGCUGACGUACCCCGGAGCGAGGUGCCAGCCCUGGACGCGAGGCUCCAAGCUUUUUAGUUUCAGGGUUUAAUAGAAAAGAGAAAUUCCCAGUGAAAGAGCAAUAAUAAUAAGAAUACUAAAGAAACCCCAA